UAGUGUGAAUUUUUUUAUAUGCUAAAUAAAGAGUGUUAAUGGGUUUGGUUAGCCGUAACCUUUGGAUAUUUUGUUGGUUUUACGAAUUGGAUGGUGAACCACACUUGUUAGUUUUGUAUAAAAAUAGUGUAAGCAUCAUUUUUGACUGUUGUAAAUAGAAAUAGAAAUUAUUUUAUUUCCAUUCAACACAUAUUGUAUUAUCUAGGAAAAUUCUGGUGGUAGAAUAAAACUAUAUAUAAGUAAUGAAAAAAAAAGUAAUGAAAAAACUGGAUUCACUUAUAUCAAGGAAAAUUGGGCUCAAACAUGGAAUCUGCACAGACAACUAUCACACAACCUCACAAAUAAUAUGAACAAACUAUAGUACCCCGCGCGGAUCUCCCCUAGUAUAUUAUAUAUUUCUCAUUAAAUUAACAAUAAAUUAAUUAAUAAUCCAUAAUUAAUACUUUCCAUUCUUUUAUAAAAUAAAAUUACAGAAUUAUCAAAAGUGAAUAUAAUAUAUAUUUGAUAAUUAAUAAUUUUAAUAGUCAAGAUUUGAUAACAAUUUGCAUAUCCUCCAUUAUUUUUUGUUUAAUGUUAUAUUACUAAAAUAAAUUAAACAAUCAUGUUAAUCAUAUAAUAAAAGUUAGAUUUUUUUUUGUAUAUGUUAUAUUUUGAAUUUAAGAAAAACGACUAUAAAUUAGGAAAAUUGUUACAAGUUUCACGCCGAAUUUUUUGUGAUCUAUAGUUUAAAUUUUUGUUAUAAGAAGAUUUCAAAUGAUUAUAAAACCAUAUGAGUAAAAAUCAGAUUUAAUAAAUAUUUAGAUUAAUAUAUAUAUAUAUAUUAAACUAUAUAGUAUAUACAAUAUAAAAAUACAUAAAUAUUUUAAUUUAAAAAUUUGCAUUGAACAAGUAAUGAAAACUUAAUAUUUUAAUUUUGAAAUUUACGUUGAAUUUCAAGAAAGAUUAUAUAUUAUUAAAAUAUUUAAACUCCCACACUAAAAGUUUUGUUAUUAAUGAUUUAAAAUUUUUGUUAAAAAAUAUAAAUAAUCAUAAAAUCAUAUUAUUAGGAAGUUUCAUUUAAUAGAUAGUCAUAUUAAAAAUAUACUAUAUGUAUAUGUUAAUAUUAUUUAAAUUUAAUUACAUACAAUACAAAAUAGAGAAAAUCAUUGUUUGAAUUUACAUACCAAAAUGAUUGUAAAUAAACAAAAGUGAUUUCUUUAAUAUAUGUAUUUGUGUCAAUUCAAAUAUACACAUAACAUUUAAUAGUUUUCAGUUAUUAAAUAUAUAUUUAUUAAUUUGUUUCAUAAUAUGUAUAAAAUGUUAAAUAAAUAAUAAUAAUAAAAAUAAUAUGUAUAUAAAAUGUUCAUUCCGUGCAAGGCGCGCGAUAGUAGUUAAUGAUCAUGAUGAAUUCAAAUUUUAAAAAUAAUAAAGUAUUUAUUAUGAAAUUUAAUCCAAAGUGGUGAAAUUUUUUUUUUUGUAACUAUCCACACAAUAGAAAACACAUACAAAAAUGAUCAUGAUGAAUUCAAAUUGUACGAUUGAUUCAACAUAAUUAAUAAUCAUGUGAUUCUAGUUUGAAAGUAAACUGAUAACAAUGUGAUUUAUGAAUGGAAAAUGUCAUCGGUUAGAAUGAAUAAGUGAUAUAAAAAUACGAUUAUAGAGUGCCUAUAUUCAAUUUUAUGGGUCCGAAGUAAACCUUUUAAGAAAAUUUAAAAAAAAAAAUUUUGUGCACCAGAAAAUUUAAAUUUUAAAAAACAAUUUUUUGUUUUAUUAACCUGAGGUGCAGCUAUGGAUAGACCAUGGAUAGACCCUUUCUCUCUGUGUAUUCAAAUGAUAAGUGAUUUCAAACUUGUAUACACAUGAACAUGUAAAACAUUUUAAGCUCACACCGUCAAAGUAACGGACUUUUGCUCUGCCAUGAAAAUGCGAACACAUAUAUAUGUUAAUAAUUAAGUGCGUUGGCAGUUUCACCACCUGCGAAUGAAGUUAGAAACAGAAGAAAACCUAAUCUUACAAGAAUAUUUAGUGAUGCUAUUUAUUUUAGUGUUGUGAAUAUUCCUUUUUAUUAGAAUUGUUAUUAAUUUGCAAUACUAAUAUUUUAGUAUUGUGAAUAUUUUUUUUAUUAGAAUUUAAUUAUAUUUAAUAAAUGAAUAUUUUUGGAUUGGGGUCAACUUUAAGUAUUUAACUAAAAAUUAAAUAAAUUCUAAAAUUUUAUGCGGUCAGUCCACCCCCUCCUUAUACACUGCUUAUGCCACUGAUUAAGUGUUUGUAUUGCUGUUUUUACUAAGUUCGCUCAUCUAAAAACAUCAACUAUUGUGAUGGUUGUUCGCUCCCUAAAUAUAUUACAUCUACAUAUAUAUCGUUAAAAUGAUGUCAUAUUAAAAUAUGCCGGGGGAAGUGGUAGUUAAGUGGCAUUGCCUUUUGAGUUUUGAUAAUGUUCAUAGUUGUCAAUGGAAAAUAGUUGUCAAAGGAAAGACAAAUGAAGUAUUAAUUAAAAGAAAAGAAGAAGAAAAAUUGAUAUUGAACAAUCCAUAGUGGACCAGAAUCAACAAAGUUAUGCUAUAUAUGAAAAAACAUUUUUAUUUGAAAAACAAUACAUUAUUUGGACUAAUUGAGAAAAUACCACUUAUUUGAUCUAACAAAAUCCGAAGUCCAAAUCUCUCAUUUAUUUAUAAAUAGUUUUUUACCUCCACAAAAAUGUGCUGAGAAAAUAAAAAUCUCUUGAAUGGAAGUAUUUUUAAAAACAAUUUUAAUUUAUAUCGACAAAUAUGAUUUCACUAUUUUUAUACAUAACUAAAUAAGUGUGGUUGGCCAUCCAAUGCGUAAAACCAACAAAAUAUAAAAGAUUACGGCUAAUCAAACCCAUUAUAAACAUUUUCAAUUUAGCAAAUAAAAAUUUCCACUAUAAAACAGUAUGAAUGUUCAUUAGAAAACAAUAAACUAUCCUAAAUAAAUAUUAAAAAGAUUCAUCCUAAACAAAAUGGUUAUAUCCAAGAAAACAAUUGUUAAAUCACUGGCUCUUGUAGCCAUUAUAUGUAUUGUUAUGAGCACAGCUGAAGCUACAAAUAUAGGGAAUGGAGCUAUGGGCACAGACCGCAAGGGUUGUGCCCCGGGAGCAUGUGAAGGUCAGGCUAACCCAUACACACCAGGUUGUGAAAAUGGCGAAAAAUGUCGUGGGGGUUGAGAUUACGACAUUAAUUUCUUGUAAAUGAAAAACUUGUGACCCGAAUAAUAAUUGAUUUUAUAAUUACUUCUGAAACUACCAAAUACAUAAUUGUUGUUGUAACUAUAUUUCUGAGUAUAAUUUAAGCAGUAGCUACUUGAUAUUAGCAUUGUAAGGUUAUAUCGGCUAACUUUGAAUAAACAUGUUCGUAUAUAUAUAUAUAUUUUUUUUUUUCGUAUAUAUUUUCUAUGGUGUAAAUGUUUGUGUAGCUAUACCAGCCAUUUGUUACAUAAUAUGGCUUUGUAUGCAAUAAGUUCAUGUAUAUAAAUGAUGUUUCAUUGUAUAAAGCUUUUCUUUUUUUUAUUAAAGAUAUACAUGAGCCGGUUUUUAGCUU